AUGACGAGUUCGGAGAAGAUGACGACCAAGGUGGGUUCGCUCACUCUUCAAUACCCGACGUUAUCGAGGGACAACUAUGCUUCGUGGGCGAUCAAGAUGAAAGUCUACAUGAAGGCUCAAGACGUGUGGGAUGCCAUUGAGCCCGCGGCAGGCGCGUCCGUGGAACACAGGAAGGAUCAGAUGGCGUUGGCGGCUAUCUACCAGGGGAUUCCUGAAGAGACUUUGAUGGUGAUCGCAGAGAAGCAAACGGCAAAAGAGGCAUGGGAGACGUUGAAAACAAUGCAUCUAGGAGCGGAUCGUGUGAGGAACGCGAAGGUGCAGACCUUGAAGUCCGAGUUCGAACUUCUCCGGAUGAAGGAGAAUGACAACGUCGACGAUUUUUCGACGAAGUUGACAGGAGUCGUCAACAAGAUCCGGGCUUUAGGCGGCGAGAUGGAGGAGAACUACGUCGUCAGAAAGCUACUUCGGGCGGUACCGGAGAGAUUCCUUACUAUCGUCUCCACGAUUGAACAGUUCGGGGACAUCGACGACAUGACACUCGAGGAGGCGAUCGGGCGCCUCAAAGCCCACGAGGAGAGGGCACGUGUUUUUCGAAACAACGUCGACGAUCACCUAUUGUUGACGCAUGCGGAGUGGCAAGCAAGGAGCAAGAAGAACGGCGGAGGCUUCCUCUCAACACCUACAACCAAUGAUGGCAGCGGUCGAGGACGAGGUCGCGGGGCCGGUCGUGGGCGUGGCCGUGGCCAAAGAGGCCGAGGCGGACAGCAGUACCACGGCAGCGGGCAGCAGCACCACGCUGCCCAAGCAGGCCGCGGAGGGGAGCACGGCGGCCAGGCAGGCCGAGGCGGCUUCGGCGGCAGAGGAGGACGUCCAGGAGGUGGUUUCGGCCAUGGAGGUGCAGCUCGCCAGGAGGGGGAGAGUAGCACAAGCGGUGGUCGAGACAAAUCCAACAUCAAAUGCUUCAAUUGCGGAGUAUACGGGCACUUUCAGUCGGAGUGUCACAAGCAACGCCGCAAUAAUGAACAGGAGGCUCAUCUCACCCGUGCAUAUGACGAGGAGCCAACCUUGAUGAUGACUGUUUUAGAGGAAUCAUCAACUGUCAUUCUACUCAAUGAAGAGAAGGUGGUGCCAAACUUACUCACAGCGGGGGAGGCACAAGUUGCCAACGACGUUUGGUACCUCGACAACGGAGCUAGCAAUCACAUGACCGGCCACCGAGACAAGUUCAAGGAGCUCGACGAGAACAUCAAGGGAACCGUCAAGUUUGGUGAUGGAUCCGCGGUAGAGAUCAAGGGGAAAGGCUCUAUCCUCUUUCAGUGCAACAACGGCGAUCAAAGGCUACUACCUGAGGUAUAUUAUAUUCCAAGUUUGAAAUCUAACAUUAUUAGCCUUGGUCAAAUGACUGAAGAUGGGAGUAAGGUUGUUAUUGCUGACGAGUUCCUGAGGGUGUUUGAUAGGAACGGUGCCCUCUUGAUGAGGGUGACACGUUCAACUAACCGAUUGUACAGGAUAGAGUUAAAGACUUGCAAGCCGGCGUGUUUGAUGGCGAACAUUAACGAUCCAGCUUGGUUAUGGCAUGCUCGCCUUGGGCAUGUCAAUUUCUUCGCCCUCAAGAUGAUGACUGAUAAGAGGAUGGCUUCCGGGUUGCCGAAGAUCUUGCACCCAAAUCAACUAUGCGAAGGAUGCCUCGUCGCCAAGCAAGCAAGACUGCCGUUCCCUUCGCAAGCAAAUUUCAGAGCUCAGAAGCCGCUGGAGUUACUACACGCUGACCUAUGUGGUCCUAUCACCCCAUCUACACUUGCUGGGAACAACUACUUCCUUCUUAUCGUUGAUGAUUUCAGCCGAUGGAUGUGGGUAUACAUGUUGAAGGCCAAGAGUCAAGCUUGUGAAACCUUCAAGAAGUUCAAAACAGAGGUUGAGAAUGCAUGUGACCACAAGAAACUCGACGACCGGAGCACGCCAAUGGUGUACAUUGGGGUAGAGGAAGGAAGCAAAGCGCAUCGCCUUUAUGACCCUCAUCACGGCAGAAUUCAGGUCAGCAGGGAUGUCGCCUUUGAGGAAGGAAAAGAAUGGGAAUGGAGCGCCGAUGGAGUCAAAAGAUCACCUAACUGGACGAAGUUCACAGCGGAAGGGGAGACUACAACAGCCGGCGGAUUUCCAGCUGUCCAAACUGCAACUCAAAGAUGGGAACCUCCUGCUGGCCGAACAGCCCCUGCAGGAGCACAUGCUGGCCGAACAGCCCCUACAGGAGCUCAUGUUACAGCGGAGCUGACCGGAGACAAGCCUGGAUAG